UUUGGGUUGGACAAAUCAUGGCCCCAAUGCUGUUUUUAUAGUUCUCCAAGACUCUUUAGGCUCUCUUUUUUUUGGCCAAUCCCUUCUUCUAAAAAAAGAUGCCUCCAGGGUUGCAUCUGCACUGUAGAAUGAGUGAAUGCCGUUGGAUAUUAUUUGGCUUAUUCUAUAGAAUACUGGCAAUUUUAGUUUUGCGGGGUCUUUAGCCUUCUCUGUGAAAGAGUGCUUCUGCCUCACCAAACUACAACUCUCAGGAUUCCAUAGCAUUGAGCAUUGAAACCCCCACUUUGGGGGUUUUCCUCCCCAUUUUAGAGUCAUCUUCAAAGCUCCUGGUGAGUUGCAGAAGGAGAAAGCUCUUCCUUGGAUCUACCACAGUUGCUGACCUUACUCCACAGUUUAAAGUAUUGCCUUAGGGUUGGAUGGUGUAGUUCAACUGUAUUGUAUUCAGAUUGUUUUAGUACUUUUGUUUGAAUGCAUAGUGUGAGUAGCUUUGGUAAAGCCAAUGUGACAUAAUGUUUGAGUGUUGGAUUAUGACUCGGGAGCAGGGCCGGCCCAAGGUAAUUUUCAAGUGUAGGCGAACAGAAUUUUGGCGCCUCUCCCCCCGCAAACCAAUCACUGAAAAAUAAAAGCGUUGGAUAAGCGAAAAUGUUGGAUAAUAAGGAGGGAUCAAGGAAAAGCCUAAAUAAAGAACAACACUCUGAAAACAGGGGAAAUCCAGACAGGAAACAAUCAGGGCCAGCUAACACCUCCCAACCAGGCUGUGGCGCAGCUGGCUAGUAACCAGCUGCAAUAAAUCACUACUGACCGAGAGGUCAUGAGUUCGAAGCCCAGGCCGGGUUAAGCCCCCGACCAUUAAACAGCCCAGCUUGCUUUUGACCUAUGCAGCCCCGAAAGACAGUUGCAUCUGUCAAGUAGGGAAAUUUAGGUACGCUUUAUGCGGGAGGCUAAUUUAACUAAUUUACAACACCAUAAAACUGCCAGCAAAACACAAGGAAUGAGGAAGUACAGCCACUAGUGGACGGUGAAGCAACAGCUCCCCCUGUGGCCGGAAUCGUGAAGCUGGAAAAAUGUUAAAAUGCCUCUGUGUCUGUCUAUCCUGUAUGUUGUUUGUCUGUUGGCAUUGAAUGUUUGCCAUAUAUGUGUUCAUUGUAAUCCGCCCUGAGUCCCCUUUGGGGUCAGAAGGGCAGAAUAUAAAUACAGUAGAGCCUCACUUAUCCAACACUCACUUAUCCAACAUUCUGGAUUAUCCAACGCAUAUAUCAUGAUAUUUUGGUGCUAAAUUUGUAAAUACAGUAAUUCCUACAUAGCAUUACUGCAUAUUGAACUAUUUUUUCUGUCAAAUUUGUUGUAUAACAUGAUGUUUUGGUGCUUAAUUUGUAAAAUCAUAACCUAUUUUGAUGUUUAAUAGGCUUUUUCUUAAUCUCUCUUUAUUAUCCAACAUAUUCGCUUAUCCAACGUUCUGCUGGCCCAUUUAUGUUGGAUAAGUGAGACUCUACUGUACUGCAAAUAAAUAAAUAAAUAAAACCAAGGAUGCCCCCAGGGAGGAAGCAGCCAGGCUUUGAAUCUGCAAGGCCAUGAAAUGCUAACCAAGCUGGCCAAUUGCAACAUUCACACUAGCCUCAAACAGACAAGAGCUCUUUCUCCCACCCUGAACUUUCCACAGAUAUAUAAACCCUACUUACGUAGCUUCCAACAGACCUCAGAACCUCUGAGGAUGCCUGCCAUAGAUCAUAGAAUCAUAGGAUCAUAGAAUAUUAGAGUUGGAAGAGACCUCAUGGGCCAUCCAGUCCAACCCGGGGCUGUGGCGCAGAUGGGAGAGCAAUGAGUCACUGACCAGGAGGUCAUAAGUUCGAGGCCCGCUCGGAGCUAUGUUUGUUUGUCUUUAUCCUGUGUUAAAAAGGCAUUGAAUGUUUGCCUAAUAUGUGUAAUGUGAUCCGCCCUGAGUCCCCUUCAGGGUGAGAAGGGCGGAAUAUAAAUGAUGUAAAUAAAUAAAUAAACCCCCUGCCAAGAAGCAGGAAAUCACAUUCAUAGCACCCCCGACAGAUGUGGGUGAAACAUCAGGAGAGAAUGCUUCUGGAACAUGUAACAGCAUUACAUGUCUCUGAACUUCUGCAUUCCACCUUAAAAAAAUGUUACAGCUGUUCUUGGCCGAUGAGCGUCUCCCUUUCUCGUCUGUCUCUCCUUUGCUUCCUCCCUCGCUUUCCUUCUUUUGCUGGUAGCGCAGCCAAAAGGCUGUUCAUGCCUCUCUCUUUUUUGGCACUCUCAUUUCCUCUGGAUUAAAGAAUCACCAGUUUGCCCAGUUUGCAGUUAGCCAAUGAUGGGAACACAGCUAACUCAUGAUGGGAGAGAGGAGCUGUGCAAUGAUGCUGCUCCCUCGGCACCCAGAGAUGCAGCUGUACAGAAAGCCGGUUGCCCCGGUGACUUUUAAGAAGCCGGGUCCUGUUUCAUCACGGAUGCCGCAUUGACUUUUGGGCAAGGCCGGUCCGUUCCCUGAGUGCCAAAGAGAUGGCUGAAGCCAGUCCCCCAAGAGGCAAGAUGAAGGGCCGGAGAAAUGCGGCAUUUUUCCCAGGCAACCUCCACCUUGUGAUGGUCCUCCGUCCCACCGGAUUUUUCCAACGUACUUUCACCGAUAUUGGAUUUCGGUUUAGCCAAGAAGACUUCCUUCUCAAGCUUCCGGUUGUAAUGCUGAGUUCAGUCAGCGACUUACUAACAUACAUCGACGAGAAGCAGCUGACGCCCGAAUUUGGUGGCACUUUGGAGUACUGCCAUACGAGAUGGGUGAUCUUCAGAACAGCUAUUGAAAGUUUUGCUUUAACGGUGAAAGAAAUUGCCCAGAUGCUCCAGUCGUUUGGUAUGGAGUUGGCGGAAACGGAGUUGCCGGACGACACCUACUCGAUCGAGCGCAUCCUGGCCGUGCGGACAGAGAAAUACUACCAGCUGAAGGAAGAUAUUACCACGGUCACCAAACAGGGGAAUAUGCUGUUGCGUAGUUUAGAGGAGUAUGAUACUGAUGAUGAUGCCGAUGAAGAGCAAACGCCAGAGAGAUCUGGAGAGUGGGAAACGGUGAACAGAUUGCUUGCCCAGUUGCGUGAGAUGGAAACUGCUUUUGAUGGAUUCUGGGAGAAAAACCAGCUGAAAAUGGAACAAUAUUUGCAGCUCUGGAAAUUCGAGCAACAUUUCGAAGAGCUCAGUAAAGCCAUAGGAUUUUUAAUGGAGCAGCAAGGGGAACUGCCCGAUACCGGAGAUAAUAUCUCCCAAGUGAAGCAGAGGCUCUCGGACCUGGAGAACAUCGAUAAAACGGCACAGGACUUGACCGGAAAGGCCCAGGUGACCAUCCUCCAUGGACAUCAACUGGCUGCUAACCACCACUAUGCCCUCAACCUGAUCUGCCAGCAAUGUAAUGAGCUACGGUACCAUUCGGACGUCUUGCUGGAAGAGAUCAAGAGGAAAUGCAACCGGCUGCAGAAGACCCUGGACCUCCUCACCUUACUGCAGCAGGCUCUGGAGUGUUGUGACGACGGUGCCUAUCUUCUAGCUAACCAACCAAUGGAUAAAUGCCAGUCCCGGGAAGGUGCCCAGAAUGCCCUCCAAGACAUUGAGAAGUUCCUUGAGAGCUCGUUGCCACAUUUAAAUGCUGAUCCCCAAACCCUCUAUUCUGAGUUUGAGCUCAUUUUAACACCUGAACUCAAGGCCCGGAUCCAGAUGGUCCAAAUCAAACUGGAGAAUGUGCGGAGCAUGUUUGAGAACAGACAGGCUUGCUUCAGAAAACUGGUGGACAAGCAAGCCCGCCCCGUGCAGCUCGUGGCCCCACGGCCUGAAAAUCCGCCUCGGUCGAGAUCGCCCUUGUUUUCUCCCAAACAUGGUGUAGAUUUUAAUUCCAGUUUGAAAUUUUCCUUUGACAUCUCGCUGCCUGGGAAGAAAACUUCACGGAAAUCUCCAAGUUCCCGUAAGAUUGAAGUCAUGCACGAUUAUCAAGAGAAAAGGAAUUCCUUGCAGCUUUGCAUUUCAGAAAGCGAAGACAAUUUAGAUAUUUUGAAAAGUCAUGUGAUAAAUGAGCUGAUCGAAACAGAGAGGGUAUAUGUGGAAGAAUUAUUCACUGUUUUGAUGGGCUACCGAGCGGAGAUGGACAACCCGACCAUGGCCUUCCUCCUGCCGCCCCUCCUAGAGAAUUGCAAAGAUGUCCUCUUUGGGAACAUGUCUGAGAUCUAUGAUUUCCACAACAAGAUUUUCCUCCACCAUCUGGAGAGUUGCCUUGAAGCUCCGGAGAAAGUCGGGUUCUGCUUCUUGGAAAGGCGUGAAGAUUUUCAGAUGUAUGAGAAAUACUGUCAGAAUAAGCCACGAUCGGAAUUGUUGUGGAGGCAGUGCUCAGAAAGUGUCUUUUUCCAGGAGUGCCAAAGAAAACUGGAGCACAAGCUUGCCUUGGAUUCCUACCUCCUCAAACCAGUGCAGCGGUUAACCAAAUACCAAUUGCUCCUAAAGGAGCUGCUGAAAUACAGCACAAGUUGUGAAGGUGUUCAAGAGCUCCAGGAGGCUUUGGUGGCCAUGCUGGACUUGCUGAAGUCAGUCAACGAUUCCAUGCACCAGAUUUCAAUCACUGGUUACAACGGCGACCUCAACGAACUUGGCAAGGUGCUGAUGCAGGGCUCCUUUAGCGUGUGGACGGGGCACCGGAAAGGCCCCACCAAGAUGAAGGACCUGGCCCGGUUCAAACCGAUGCAGCGGCAUCUCUUCCUCUAUGAGAAAGCGCUGGUCUUCUGCAAGAAGAGAGAAGACCACGGCGACGGAUACGAGAAAACCUCCUCAUACAGCUUCAAGCACUUUCUCAAAAUGAAUGCUGUUGGGAUCACUGAAAAUGUGAAAGGAGACCACCGGAAGUUUGAGAUCUGGUACAGCGGUCGAGAAGAGGUGUACGUUGUCCAGGCUCAAACCGUGGAUCUGAAGAUGGCAUGGCUUAACGAAAUCCGGAAGAUACUGUUCAAGCAGCAGGAACUUAUCAAAGUUGAAAAGCAGCCAAUGCUUUCGUGUAUGGAUCCAAUCCAGCUUUCUCCUCCGCUAAGUGAAGGGAAGCAGACAAGAGCUUCGGUAAGCUCAGAGGAAAAUGACUCUGACCGCACCAGCCCCGUGCCCUCCGACAGCGUUGGUUCUACACAGCAGAGCAAACCUGGCAGGCCUUGGCCCGGAAUGUCCCACUCUUUGGAAAUCUGUGAAGGACUCGAUGACUGGUCCAGCCAGAACUACUUCUCAACCUGCUCUGAUACCGAAGAAGAGGAUGGGAACCAGUUGUCUCCAGGAAAAUAUAAAGCCUUAGCGGACUGCAAGAAGAGGGACUCGGAAGAUCUGCUGGUGAAGAAUGGGGAUGUGAUUGAGUUAAUGCAUGAAAACGAAGAGGGACAGUGGCUGGUCAAAAACCUCAACCGAAGGAAAGAAGGCUGGGUGCCCGUCAACAGUUUGCAGAUCAUCCUUGGGGACUGUAGGUUUAGGAAUGCCAGAGUUGCAGAUGCUACUCCAUUUAAGACGAGAAAAUUAAGCUCCCCCUGAAUUGAAAGGGAGUUCUCAUCUCAUGUCAUUUUUUGAAUGCUCCAUUGGAGGUUUGAGAAAGAGAGAGAUGAUACACUUGUACUAUCUGUCAUCCAUCAACAUUUGACGCACAUCACAGCUUCACCAACAUCUACCGUGACCAUCAAAGGGAAGCCAUUUGUUCCGCCUUUCAUAUUUCCCCCCAAUAAAUAAUAUGGCAUCAUUUUGAUUUGACGUCCCCAUCAGAGAAUGUGCAUGACAUCUACUCCAUUCAAGAACUUAAUCUUGGUGGCCUCCUUGGCCGUUGACUCCAAGUCCAAGAAAGCUCAACCUGUGCUUGACUUGACUUAGUUGGGUCUAGGUCAAGAAUGGAAACAAAGCUACAUUGACUUGACUUAGUUGGGUCUAGGUCAAGAAUGGAAACAAAGCUACAUUGACUUGACUUAGUUGGGUCUAGGUCAAGAAUGGAAGCAAAGCUACAUUGACUUGACUUAGUUGGGUCUAGGUCAAGAAUGGAAACAAAGCUACAUUGACUUGACUUAGUUGGGUCUAGGUCAAGAAUGGAAACAAAGCUACAUUGACUUGACUUAGUUGGGUCUAGGUCAAGAAUGGAAACAAAGCUACAUUGACUUGACUUAGUUGGGUCUAGGUCAAGAAUGGAAACAAAGCUACAUUUUCUAGUUGAGCUGACCGCAUUCUGACAUCUUUGGUGUUGAGACUAUCGUUGGGGUUGGAUGGUGGAUCAACGCAAUAAUGCUAUUGGGGAACUAUGGGUCCUUUUGCACUAUGGGUCCGGUCCCGAGUCCGCAACACCCACAAACUCAGGAUUGCUGAAACUCACUUUGGGUCCUCCCACGUCCCCAGGUUAUUGACGCAGGAGCAUCCAAGUUUACAUUGUAAUUUGGGCAAAUGGGGAGACCCACGUGCCAUAUCUGAGUUCAAAAUCCACAUUUGCACUAAUAUUUGUUCUUGUUUGUGGUAAGGCUCAAAGAUAUCUUUCUGGAAGAUGACCCAAUGUUGGGACGGGGAUAGUAGACCUCCCCUUUUAAAAUGAAGUUUACAUGGUUUAUUUUCUAGUUUGCUGCUUCUUCUUUAUGACUUUUAUGUUAAUGUUUCUGUGUAUACCAAUCAUGUGUACAAAACCAAGAGUGAGGAAAUGCAGUUGACAUUUCUAUUUGCUGCCACUGGUUCCCAGUUCUUCCAAAUUGUACUAUAAAUCUUAUGCCUUCCAUCAAUUGUCGGGUUUGGUUCCAUGGUUAAUGGUUAUUGCCCUUGUAUCCCAUUCCCUUCCAAAUAAUACAACCAAUGCAAAACUUUUUUGGACUCCAACUACCAGAAUGUCUAAGCCACUUAUGUCAGGGUAUUAGUAAAGAUUUUCCCUUGACAUUAAGUCCAGUCAAAUCCGACUCUGGGGGUUGGUGCUCAUCUCCAUUUCUAAGCCGAAGAGCCGGCGUUGUCCAUAGACACCUCCAAGGUCAUGUGACCAUAGGCAUGGCUGCAGCAUGCCGGAGCAGUACCUAUUGAUCUACUCAUAUUUCCAUGUUUCCAAACUGCUACGUUGGCAGAAGCUGGGGCUGACAGUGGGAGCUCACUCUGCUCCCCAGAUUCGAACCUGCGACCUUUCGGUCCGCAAGUUCAGCAGCUCAGUGCUUUAACAUGCUGCGCCACCGGGGGCCCCAGGAUAUUAUGUGGGUUGUAUUAUAGGGGUAAAAAAAAUAACUCACCCAAGUUUGGCGUAGUCCUGUUGUCGCUUACUAGAAAAGAUACAGGAAUUCCUUUGGAGAAUUUUUAAUGCACUUUUAAAACCAAGAUUGGAAAAGUUUCACUAAACUAGUGGUAAGAAACCUAUUUAUUUACUUAUUUACAGUAUUUAUAUUCCGCCCUUCUUUCUCACCCCGAAGGGGACUCAGGGCGGAUCACAUUGUACACAUAUAAGGCAAACAUUCAAUGCCAUAUAAACAUAGAACAGAGACAGAGACAGACGCAGAGGCAACUUAAACCUUCUCCAGCUUCCAGCUUCCUGAGGGUAUGCUUGAUUCCGGCCACAGGGGGAGCAGCUGCUUCAUCAUCCACUGCGACGGCAACUUCCUCAUUCCAAUGGCGGCUGGAUGAUUUUUAUUGUGUCGUAAAUUAGCCUCCCCACAUAUGAAUGGUACCUAAAUUUCCUACUUGGUAGAUGCAACUAUCUUUUGAGUUGCUUAGGUCAGCAACGAGCAGGGGCUAUAGUUUAUUUUUUUUAAUUGUCAGGUGCUCACCCCGACACGGGCUGGCCUCGAACUCAUGACCUCUUGGUCAGAGUGAUUUAUUGCAGCUGGCUGCUAACCAGCCUGCGCCACAGCCUGGCCCCCAAUAGGAGAACAUUCCUUGAAUAUCCAGCCACUUCUAUCAGAGGAUUGUGGGGAUUACGGUUCAUAAGAAUAACUGCCCCACGAUUUGCAUAGUGCUAUUGUCAAGGUAAAGGCGCUCCAUACAGUCAUACCGGCCACAUGACCUUGGAGGUGUCUACGGACAACGCCGGCUCUUCGGCUUAGAAAUGGAGAUGAGCACCAACCCUCAGAAUUGGACACAUCUGGAUUUAAUGUCGGGAAAACCUUUACUAUUGUCAUUUGACAGACGGGAUAGUAGAAUCCCUCUGGAGAAUUUCCGAUGUGCCAUUUAAAACUGAUAUUCAUUUCUAUUAUCUAUAUUUAUAUCGAAACACAUCAAAAGUGACAGGCAGGGGUCACAUUUAUUACUAUGGAAAGGCCAAACGUGUUGUGAGGAGGUCACAUUUGUAAGCCAUAAAAACUGAAAUGAUUCAGCUCAACCAUCAUCGCACAUGUGGCACAUCCCAGUCUUUUGAUUUUUCAUGCUUUUAGAAACAGAAAACGGCCAGUUCUAGAAAUCUGAAUGUAGAAACGUAGGCUGUAAUCGAUACCUUUGGGCACCGGACACAUCUAGGAUUGCACUGCUAGACUGUGAAAACUUUGCACAAAUUGCCGUUGUCAUCUUCAAGUAGAAAAGUUUACCACUUCAGCUAUUAAAAAAAGGGUAUGUGGUACUUUAAGCUGCACCAGAAAGUUUUUUUUCCUGCUGCCGCCGAAAAAGUUAAAUUGUUCUGUACAUGUACUUGUAAAAAAAAGUGUUAAAUAUAUAUUUAAGAAGAAAAUAUUGUUAAAUAAAGAAAGGUAUAUGAGAUCCUUUUA